CCGGUUAUUUUGAGCCGGCUAAAAUCUAAUUCCGUCUUUUUACAGCCUAUUUUGUUUUCAGAAUUAGUGUGGCAAGAUUUUCUUAGUUUUAGCUUUCAGAAUACUCCAGUUUAAAUUAGGCAAUUUGAGCCUUCCUUCAUAUAUUAUCCAUCUCAAUUCAUUUUACAUAUUUACUAUAAAUUUAGAAACACCGAAAAAUGUCGGAGUCUGGACAUAGCCAGCCCGGUAUGUACGGACCAGGACGGCGAAGAAGGCGACGGCGAGGGGAACGAGACAUUGGACCUCCAGGCCAGAACCUGUCCGGCCCCAGCCGGGAUCGGGAAUACCAACAAAGAGAACGGAGGGACGGGAGCGAGGAUCCUCCGGGUCCUCUGAUUCAGAAGACUCCUAUUAUUCUUGCUAAACCUCCCGGAGACAGGGCUAAACCACCACAGAACACAUCCACUACUGGGGCUCCAGUCCUGGAGAAGCCAAUCAUGCUGAUGAAAGCCAGAGAUGAGGGAGGCAAGCCGGGGACACCUCAGGAGACGGCACCUCAGCCCUCUGGUCCUGGACCAUCCAAGAUGGAGAAGGAAGGCCAGCGACCCACACAGCCAGUCUAUCAGAUCCAAUACAGAGGAAUGGGUCCCUCUGCAUCCAGCAGCGCUGUGGAUCCUAUGGUUGGGCAGGCCAAACUGCUUCCUCCAGAGAAGAUGAAGCACAGCAUCAAGCUGGUGGACGAUCAGAUGAACUGGUGUGAUAGCGCCAUGGAGUAUUUAAGAGACCAGACAGACAUGCUGGUGGUGGGAGUCAUUGGCCUGCAGGGAAGUGGGAAAUCUACAAUCAUGUCUCUGUUAUCUGCUAACACACCUGAGGAAGAUCAAAGGAGUUACGUGUUCAGGGCCCAAAGUCAGGAAAUCAAGGAAAGAGGAGGAAAUCAGAGUACAGGCAUUGAUUUCUUCAUCACACAAGAGAGAGUCAUCUUCUUGGACACUCAGCCAAUGCUGAGCCCAUCUAUCCUGGAUCACCUUAUCAACAACGACCGAAAGCUGCCUCCGGAGUACAACCUGCCUCAUACGUAUGUGGAGAUGCAGUCUCUUCAGAUUGCUGCCUUCCUGUUCACUGUGUGUCAUGUUGUGAUAGUGGUCCAAGAUUGGUUCACGGAUUUAAACCUGUACAGGUUUCUCCAAAGUGCUGAGAUGCUGAAGCCUUCCACUCCCUCUGCAAGCCACGACAGCUCUGGCUCCUCAGGGAGUGAUGACGGCACGGAGUACUAUCCCCAUAUAGUCUUCCUUCAGAAUAAAGCCAGGCGGGAAGAUUUCUGCCCCCGAAAUCUGAAGAACAUGCACAUGGUGGUGGACAAACUGAUGGCACACUCUCAUCUUAAAUACAAAGGUACACUAUCGAUGCUGGACUGCAACAUCUUUCCAGGCCUUGGACAUGACUUUCUGACCACAGAGGUCAACAUGUUUCUGCUUCCUAUGCAAGAAGGUGAUGGAGAGGAUCACCUGACUAAAGCAGGAACAUACCCUCUUUUUUCCCUGCUGCCCGGGUACAGAGGACACCCCACGUACUCCUACAUGGUUUCGAAACUUCGCAGCCAAAUCCUCGCCAUGCCUCGCUCUCAGCUGUCGCACACCAUUCUGACGGAAAAGAACUGGUUUCACUAUGCUGCUCGGAUCUGGGAUGGUGUAAAGAAGUCUUCUGCCCUGUCAGAGUAUAGCCGCCUCCUCUGCUAGGACUUGGCUUCAGCUGCUGUACAUAUUGUACAUUUUUAUAUCUGAUAAUAAAGAGAAGAGUGAGCUUGAGAGCUAAA